AUGGAUGGAUAUUAUUUUCAUGAUCUAGCUUUAUCUUAUGGACAUGUUUUACCUUUUCUAGCAUUUCUAGCAAUUAUUAUUAUUAUUAUUAUUAUUUUACUAUUGAUUGCCUUUGCAUUUAUUUCAAUUUUACUUCCUUUUGCUGUACUUUUUAACAUUGGAAGAGACAAUGAAGCUAUCAUAAUUGUACUAGAUAUAUACAAAGGAAUGUGGAAUGGUUUCAAAGUCAUAUGGAAAUGCUUAGCUUUUAAUAUUGGUAAAGAGAAAUGCAUUCAGGAAAGACAUGUUUGUGAUGUAUGUAAAGUGCAACAUGAAGAUGUUUUACGUUACUGCUAUGUGUGUGAACAGUAUAUAUGUUACGAAUGCUACACAAUUCACCAAAGAUUCAAUUCAUGCAGAAAUCACAAAACGUCUAGAGGAAAAUGUGUACGGUUGGAUGAAAUUCCGUUGUCGAGACAGAAUUUAGUUGAGGACAGUUUGAAAUGUAUUAGGAACACACGCUUAGGGUACCCUUCUAGAGCCUCUAUUUUCAAAGAUGCAAGGACACUUAGAUAUUGUGCUAUUAAAAUUAGAAGUUUCUAUAAGUUCUUGCGGGGCAGUUCACUACAAAGAAAAUGUGUAGAAACUCGAGCGUUUAUCAUCAACCAAGAAGGUGGAAAGCCUAUUUAUAUUCUUGAGAAAGUUAUUGAUAUACCAAAUUUUACAGCUGAUGAUGUACAUAUCGUUCCAGUUUUCAACGCAGACUCAGGAUUUUUGUUUAUUAUCUAUUCAACAAAUGUCAUUUAUUUCAUCAAAUCGUAUGUUCCGUAUCUCGCAAAAUUUUUGAAUUUUUCAAAAAUAAUUUCAUGUAACUAUGCAGAUAUAACUUAUCAUUUAAGAGCCUGUUCUGCACCUUUUAAAACGAUUACGAUAGAAAAUGUUCACCAAGAUGUUCUUUGCACUGAAUUCAAGAAUGAGAUUGCGGUGUUAGGUCUGGAAAACAAUAAAAAGUUUGGAUUAGUCCCAGUCUGGUCCAUGAAUUACUUUUCACAUGAAGGAAAGUUUUUACACAAAUGCUAUUUGAAAAAUUCAAACAAAGGUAUUUUUUUGCAGUCACCUGUAUACAUGCGUGCCACCUUCAAUAACACAAUUGUCAUUUGCGAUUCCGUGCAAACAGACAAAUAUGUUAAUGAAUUCGAUAUGGAAGGCAAUUUGGUGUUACAAGUGAAUUUGGAAGAAGAAUUAUCGGGAACGAUUACAGGUGUCACAUCUGAUGAUGAGAACAACAUUUAUGUUUCCAGCGAACUCGAAGUAGUCCAAAUAUCAGAAAAUGGCCGGAAAGUCAGACAAUUGUUGACAAUCGCAGAACAUCAAACGUAUGACUGUAUCUUAGAUAUCUGCUUUUCGGCAAAAAAACAUAAGAUUCAUGUGGCUAUGAGGGAAAACUAUGAUGAUACAAUUACAGUAGUAGCUUUCAGAUUCAUAGCUUACUAAAUAACAGUGGAAUAAUUUACGUUUUGAUUAUUUGCCGUUAAUUAUAUGAAUGCAUAUCGGCUAAACCAAAUAUGAGUUUACAAUGAUAACAGUAGAAACAUUUUGUUUUUAAAAAAAGAUAUAUUUUGUAACGCGACAAUGAGUGAAUGUUAACUAUGUAUAUGAUAUUUUAUUGUAUUCCUUUCUGUAUUUUCUUAGGGUGGAUAGAUACUUUGAAACUAGCAUGGAGAAGUUAAAGAAUUAAAGAAGCUGGCAGUAUUUUCAAAUUGUGAAAAAUAAUUUUUUUUUUAAGUUAUUAGGUUCGCUAACUUUCAUAUGAAUCAACGUAGAAUAUAUUAAUUUGAAUUAAUGUCUUUGUUUUUAAGGUUUUAUUUGUAUUGCACAUCAUGUUGUUGAAUAAAAGCUUUGAAUUGAAACAAACAGAACAGACAAACAUUGGUAUUUCCUUUGGUAUAUCCGAUAGAUGUUUCUAUAGUUUCUUUAAUACUUUGUAAGUAAAUCCUUUUUAACGCUAAAUAGGCAUUUUUUUUAUUGGAUAUACCGCUCAGCUUUAAAUAAUAACCGCGAAAUUUAGCAUCACAUAGAUCUUAUUUGUUCAGUGUGUCACACUAACAUUUUAGAUAUAAAGACACUAUACAUUUGUUUUCUUCAAAAUAUAUCUUACUAAUAUUUGGCAGUCAUUUUCUAAAUAAAGCGUAGAUGUGAUAUAAACAACGCACACGUAUUAAACAAGGAUACAUUAUAUCAAUGUAAAUCAAAUGCAUAUAAUUCUAGGCCAGCCUCCUUGGCCUAGUGGUGUAUAUCACUGACUUUAAAUCACUUUACCAAAUCUCGCUCAAGGGGUUGAACGUUGAAUUCUUCAUAUGAGGAGGCAACCUGACUAGUUAACUAGUUAACGGAAGGUCGGUGGUUCUACCCAUGUGCCCGUAGGUGACGGAUAGGUUUUCUUCACCAAUCAACAGAAGGGGCACAUGGGGUCUUUCUCCAACACCAAAAGCUGGAUAGAUGCCAUAUAAUUGUGUCAGUGUGUCAUUUAAAAAAAGCGGAUAAAAAGCAUAUAAUCUAGUUAUGAAAAGGAAUUCUUUCCAAAUGGCGUUAAGGUUCCAGUACACCGAUAUUUAAAUUGCAUAAUUUGGCAUCAAAGGUCAUAGACUAAAAAGUUAACAGUAAACAAUCUCAUAUUUGAUACAAGUCCAUAGAUCAUUAAUUAUCAUAUAUGUAUUAAACAAUAGACAAUAUGUCUAUUUUAUCUGAAAUUACAUAAUUUAUUAAGACAAAUAUAGUCGCACUAAAUGCGCUGCACUGAUAUUACAAAGAAAACGAACUCAUAUUUGAAAUAAGUCCAAGGAUAAUUACAUCUUUAUAGUUUUGUUUUGUGUUAAACAAUAGACAAUUUGUCUAUUAUGUUUGAAUUAUAUAAUUCAUGGAUACUUAUACCGUUAUAUUUCUGUUUUGUGUCAAACAAAAUCAUAUUUAAAAUACAUAAUUUAUUCAGACAAAUAUAGUCGCAUCAAAUGUCAUGAAUUGUAAAGUUUACAGAAAAUAAAUUCAUAUGUGAUGACAG